AUGAAAUCGAACGAAAAGAAUAUUUCGGCCAACGAUCAACAACAACAACACCAACAAAAUGAAGAUACCUUACAUGGCACCAAUUCCGAUUCUUUGGGUUCUGGAGCCUCAACAAUUAUCGAUCAGCAACAACAGCCGCUCAAAAAGUUUAGCUUGAAGGGAAAUCAAUUGAGCGGCAGUAUUCUAAUUGGAAAUUAUAAUUAUUUGACCCAAUUGGAGGUUAGUGAAAACGAAAUGGAAGUCUUGGAUUUAAGUUCUUUGGCCCAGUUGGAAACGUUAAAAUGCAGUCACAAUAAAUUGUUGGAACUGAUGAUUAAUGGCAGCAAUUUAACCUCAUUGGUGGCGGAUUCGAAUUGUCUCCAUUUGAUCCACAUUUCUCCGGUACCCAAUAAAUUGUACCAUGUGAAUAUUUCCCAUAAUUAUUUCACCGAGCUACCCAAAUGGCUGAAUGAAUGUGAAAUGCUGGAGACAUUGGAUGCCUCCCAUAAUCAGCUACAAAAAGUUACCGAUUUUCUUUUGACCGGCAAAACCACCCGCCUACGACUACUCAAUUUAUCGUACAACAAUUUAAGGAUCAUUGAACGAUUUUCGGAACGCUUUCGCCUUCUUGAAGAAUUGCAGUUGCAGAGUAAUGAACUGCAACUGCUUACGGAUAAUCUGUUUGCCAUAACCAAGGGUUCACUGAAGCUAUUAAAUUUAUCCUGCAACAGAUUGCAAAUUCUGCCACCAAUUGAGGAGCGGGAUCUGAAAGAUGCGGAAUUUGUGCUGGAACGCCUUUUGGUGACCAGCAAUAAUUUGGAUGAUCGCAUUUUCGAGUUACUCAAAGAGGCUAGAAAUCUGAAAGUGUUCUAUGCGGCCUAUAAUAAAAUUUCCGCCAUACCUGAGGGCUGCUUUGAGAGAUUGGAAAAAUUGGAGGAAUUGAUGUUGUCGGGUAAUUUAUUGCAACAGUUACCGCCCGGUAUUUGUGAGCUAAGAAAUUUACAGGUACUGAGGAUCCAUUCAAAUCUUCUGUUAAUUACUCCGCAGCUGAGUAAAUUAUCGACCUUACGAGUACUCGACUUGGCCCACAACCAUUUGGACCACUUGGAUUUGAUGAGUUUGGUUCCACAAAAUCUCAAAUAUUUGGAUUUGUCUUGCAAUCUCCAGUUGCAGGUGGAUGAGCAGCAGGUUAAUGUUUGCCGAAGUCAGCGAAAAUGGAGUUUGGUGGAUGUGUCGGGUAAGAAUCGGAUCAAUUUGCCCACGAAGAAAAAUGGGGAACCCAAGGAUACCCAUACGGGUCAUAAACCACCUUGGCUGGUUGGUUUCUCUGAGACCCCGGGGAAAUCUCGUAAACUGCUUGUGAUUCAAUUACGGGAAGGCAAGCUGCGUACCGAUGAAGCCCUAUUCGGAAUGUUUAUUAGCUCCAGCAACACUUCAUCGCACAUCUGUAAAAUGGCGCAGAUGAUACCGAAAUUAUUGCAGCAGGAAAGGACCGUCAAAGAAAAUAUGGGAGAUUAUAUGAAGUACACUCUACUGGCGGGGCAGCAAAAGCUAUCAGAUAAACCUCCAAGUGGCUCAAUGUUGUGUCACAUCUCGCGGGAGAAUACCCGUAAUAAAUUCGAUAUGGUAAGGCCGCAAAAAACGAAACGUUAUGUGCUGAGAGUUGCCAGCAUUGGGGAGAUUGGAGCAUAUUUAAUAAGGCGUACGAAUAAUAUACAGCUGAUUGCCCGACCAGCCUCCCUCAAGUGUUCGAGUGCAGGGUCGCAAUCACAAAACUUUUCAGAUCCAUCUGUGGCCGAAUGGAUACUCGGCAAUGAUGAUGAGUACUUAGUUAUUUGCAAUCCAGGUAUUCGCUCGGUACUCGAUAUCGAUCGCAUUGCAAGGGAGGUUCGCAAGGAGGAAAAUGUUGUGUUGGCGGCCAAACGUGUUCAGGAUAUGGCCCAAAGUUUUGGUGCGGAGGGGAAUUUAAGUGUUAUUGUCAUACGUUUUAAGAAUAUCGGUACGGAUGUCGAUCAUCUGAUCAAGGAAUUGAAGCAGACUGUACGUCGUAAACCACAAAGUUUGGUGGCGAAUUCCAUGACCACAGGACUUCUGCCGAAUGUUUGUAAGCGGGCUUGCUGUGAUCGUAAUCUAAAUUGUCGUCAUCGCUUUGGUGGCACGGUAACGACGGCACGACAGUUACCUUUAACUUCCGGGCGUCUUGGCAGUGAUCGUUCAUCACCGAGUGGUCAAAGUGAUCAGGCUCUGAGUGUUGUGGCCAGUGCCAAACAACUCGAUACCGAUAAUGAAUAUAUUUUGGCUCAUGCUCGGGUCCUGGAGGAAACCACCGAAAUGGAAAUGUUAGACGAAACUGAUUCCGCCCUUUCGGAGGAACAAUUUAAAUGUUGGGAAUAUAUGUUGGAACAAAAUACCCAGCUACUCUUCGACAAGGAACUUAAUACCAUAUCAAAGUCCUUCACGAAAAAUCGCAACGCCGAACGUAAGCGAUCUACCCCGGAACGUUAUGAUUAUAAAUCGAAUUUGUUGAAAACGAGUACCCCAAAAUUCAUAUCCACGAGUUCGCCGCAGCUGCUCUAUUCGGAGGUAAAGAAAUCGAAUGUGGGCCUCUUGAAUCCCGCAGCAAAUCCAUUGGCCAAUACUUCGGCGGCCACAGCAACGGGUUCACAAGUUUCAUUUCUUUCGAAACACUUCGGCAGUGCCCGAUCAUUUGGUACGGGUUAUAAUUUCUUUUCGGAUUCUAAGAGUCGUGACUCGUUGGCCAGUGGUAUUGGUUACAGCAAGCUAAGUGGUGGUCCGAAUGCUGCCUAUUUUGGUUCGCUGCAACGUCUUAUGCCAUACAAUUUGGAAUAUGAUUUUGCCGUAACCCAAGAGCGGAACUAUUUAGAUGAGGAUGAAGACGAUGAUGAUUUCAAUGAUCAUGAACAUAGAAUGAGGAAAUACUGGGGUGUGGCAACGACGGAACUUUAA